AAUAUGUCAGGGAUUGCCCUCAGCAGGCUUGCGCAGGAAAGGAUAGCUUGCGGGAAGGACCACCCUUUUGGCUUUGUGGCUGUCCCAACAAAGAACCCUGAUGGCAUGAGGAGCCUGAUGAAGUGGGAGUGCGCUGUCCCUGGAAAGAAGGGGACUCCGUGGGAAGGAGGCUUGUUCAAGCUACGGAUGCUUUUCAAAGAUAACUAUCUGUCCUCACCACCAAAAUACAAAUUUGAGCUUCCACUGUUUCAUCCAAGCGUGCAUCCUUCUGGUACAGUGUGGAGGCCAGCUAUCAUGAUCAAACAGAUCUUAUUAGGAAUACAAGAACUUCUAAAUGAACCAAAUAUUCAAGACCCAGCUCAAGCAGAGGCCUACACACUUUACUGCCAAAACAGAGAGGAGUAUGAGAAAAGGGUUGGAGCACAAGUGAAGAAAUCUGCCCCCUCAAGCAGCAGCCUGGGCUCCAUGAUGAGGAAGGGAUUGGUAUGGCAACAACUUGUUUACAACCUUUUGCAGAUCUAA